AUGAGCAAAUCUAGAUCUAUUUGGACUCCCUUUGAUGAUUGUUUAUUAGUCCAAGCUGUAAAUUUGGAGCCCACCACCCGAAUCAACUGGAACGUUAUUGCCGGUCACUUUCGGGCGCGUAAUUCGAGAUCUUGUAGAAUUAGUAGGCGCGUUGAGGAUAAUGAGGAUGAUUCAGUUAAGAGAUAUGGUCGCCCAUCGUCAAGCUCCCCAAACAAUCGAUCAACAGACGAUGGACGCGUUCCGGAACGCCUUGAGAGAUUCAAAGUUGGACUAGAGCGUCCCGACUCAUUUAGAUGUGAAAUUGCAACAUUAAGAAAUUUCAACAUGGGUGAACUGAAAUGUCUAGAACAGUGUCUGUUAAAGAAGUUGUUGGGUCAAGUAUUUGGGUUACCAUUAAAAGCAGUGAUGUGCACUUGGAAGAUUGGAAGCACCCUUGGAAGCACUUUUGGAAGGGCUGGAAGCAUAAUUCUCUAA